UGUAAAUAUGGUCUGACCUUUGCUGAUGGACAAUUAAACCAUGGACAGACUAAAUGACCUACUUUGGACUCUCCUUCCAAAAGAUGCUUCGGCUUUCCUCUUGAAUGCACACUGAGCCCUUGUAGGCCACGAAGACAGGAAGGAGUGUGAACGGGAAGUAAUCUUACAAUGAGAAUUACGAGCACAUCUUGCAUCUGCCCAGUCCUCGUGUGUCUCUGUUUUGUGCAGAGGUGUUAUGGAACUGCUCACCACAGCUCCAUCAAGGUGACCAGAAACCAAACCAAACACACUGAAGGGGAGACUGAAGUCCACCAUCGUCCCAAGAGAGGAUGGGUAUGGAACCAGUUCUUUGUUUUAGAAGAACAUAUGGGACCAGAUCCACAGUAUGUUGGAAAACUGCACUCCAACUCUGACAAAGGUGAUGGAUCUGUCAAGUACAUCCUCACUGGGGAAGGUGCUGGGACUAUAUUUAUCAUUGAUGACACUACAGGUGACAUCCACUCCACCAAAAGCCUGGACAGAGAGCAGAAGACUCACUACGUGCUUCAUGCCCAGGCUAUUGACAGACGGACAAACAAGCCUCUUGAACCUGAAUCCGAGUUCAUCAUCAAAGUGCAAGAUAUCAAUGACAAUGCUCCAAAGUUCACGGAUGGACCGUACAUCGUUACUGUGCCUGAAAUGUCAGAUAUGGGUACCUCUGUUCUACAGGUGACAGCUACAGACGCAGACGACCCCACCUAUGGAAACAGUGCCCGUGUUGUUUACAGUAUCCUGCAAGGACAACCUUAUUUCUCUGUGGAUCCUAAAACAGGAGUCAUUAGAACAGCUUUACAUAACAUGGAUAGAGAAGCCAGAGAACAUUACUCAGUGGUCAUUCAAGCCAAAGACAUGGCUGGGCAAGUUGGCGGACUUUCGGGAUCCACAACUGUCAAUAUAACCUUGACUGAUGUCAAUGACAACCCACCACGGUUUCCACAGAAACACUAUCAGCUGUACGUUCCUGAGUCUGCUCAAGUUGGUUCAGCUGUUGGGAAAAUUAAGGCAAAUGAUGCAGACACAGGCUCAAAUGCAGAUAUGACUUAUUCCAUCACUAAUGGAGACGGGAUUGGGAUAUUCUCCAUCUCCACUGACAAAGACACCAGGGAAGGGAUACUCUCCUUAAAGAAGCCACUAAACUAUGAGAAAAAGAAGUCCUACACGCUCAACAUUGAAGGAGCAAAUACACACUUGGACUUCCGCUUUUCCCACCUGGGUCCAUUCAAAGAUGCUACCAUGCUGAAAAUCAUUGUUGGGGAUGUGAAUGAACCACCACUUUUUUCUAUGCCUUCUUAUGUCAUGGACGUCUAUGAAAAUGCCAAGAUUGGGACAAUUGUUGGCACCGUGUUGGCACAAGAUCCAGACAGUGCUAACAGCUUAGUAAGGUAUUUCAUCAACCACAGUGCUGAAGAGGACAGAUUUUUCAACAUCGAUGCCAAUACUGGAACCAUUAAGACUUCAAAAGUCCUUGAUAGAGAAGAAACACCUUGGUACAAUAUCACAGUGAUGGCUUCAGAAAACGACAAUCCUGAUUUACUGAGCCAUGUCUCCGUGGGCAUUAGAGUUCUGGAUGUCAAUGACAAUCCACCUGAACUUGCCAGGGAAUAUGAUAUUGUUGUCUGUGAGAAUUCUAAGCCUGUUCCAUUGGCAGAUUUGGUUAUUCACACCAUCACUGCCACUGAUAAAGAUGACUUUGCCAAUGGACCAAGGUUUAAUUUCUUCCUUGAUGAGCGCCUACCCGUGAACCCAAACUUUACACUUAAGGAUAAUGAAGAUAACACAGCCAGCAUUCUGACAAGGCGGAGGAGAUUUAGUCGAACUAUGCAGGAUGUGUAUUAUCUGCCCAUUAUGAUCUCUGAUGGUGGAAUCCCCUCUCUCAGCAGCAGCAGCACCCUCACCAUCAGGGUUUGUGCAUGCGAGAGAGAUGGGCGUGUGCGGACCUGCCAUGCAGAAGCCUUCCUGUCCUCCGCGGGCUUGAGCACAGGAGCCCUAAUCGCUAUUCUUCUCUGUGUUGUCAUUCUUCUUGCCAUUGUGGUCCUUUUUAUCACCCUGAGGCGCAGCAAGAAAGAGCCCUUGAUCAUUUCUGAAGAGGAUGUGCGGGAGAAUGUGGUCACUUAUGAUGAUGAGGGAGGGGGGGAAGAAGACACUGAGGCCUUUGACAUCACAGCUUUGAGGAAUCCUUCCGCUGCAGAGGAGUUCAAGUACCGCAGAGACAUUCGGCCUGAAGUGAAGCUUACCCCUAGACACCCGACAUUGUCCACCCUGGAGAGUAUAGAUGUUCAGGAGUUUAUUAAGCAAAGACUGGCAGAAGCAGACCUGGACCCCAGCGUACCCCCUUAUGACUCUCUACAGACUUAUGCCUAUGAGGGUCAGAGGUCAGAAGCUGGGUCUAUAAGCUCCUUGGACUCAGCAACCACACAAUCAGACCAGGAUUAUCACUACCUUGGAGACUGGGGGCCAGAGUUUAAAAAGUUAGCAGAACUCUAUGGAGAGAUGGAAUCUGAAAGAACAACAUAGGCGGUCAAUUUUUUUGGAGCUUUGUAGAAUUUGCUUCCUGACCAAGUGGAGAUAUGACCUCAAUAUGACAAGGAAGUCGAGCGGAAACAGUACUUGGAACUGAGCAAGCUGUACACAGCUCCUGUAGAAACAAGUGCCCUUUUUAUGAUCAAAAGUGGGUUAU